AUGUUUCUAUUAUCAUUAUCUAUCUCAAUCUUUAUUUAUAAUCUAUUAUCUAUUCUAUCAUUUAUCUAUCAUUCAUCUAAAAAAUCUAUGGAAAUUUAUCAAAAAAUUCCGUUCAAUUAUUAUCUAUUUAUCAUUAAAAAAUCUAUCUAUAAUAUCUAUCUAUCUAUCCUAUUCUUCAAUCUAUCUAUCUAUUCUAUAUAUCUAUCAUAUCUAUCUAUCUAUCUAUCUAUCUAUCUAUAUUUUAUUUCUUCCUAUGUAUCUAUAUAUCUAUCUCUUUCCAUGUUAAAUAUUAUCCAAAUAUUAAUCUAUCUAUUUAUGUUAUCAAGUAUCUAUCUAUAUAUUAUAUAUCUAUCUAUCUCCGUUCAUUAUACAAAUAUAUAUAUAUCAAGAAAUCUAUCUAGAAAAUCUAUUUACAAAAAUCUAUUAUAUCUAUCUAUCCUAUUUCUCUUCCUAUCUAUCUAUCUAUCUUUUCAUCUAUCUAUCUAUUUAUCUAUCUAUCUAUCUAUAUAUAAAAUAUCUUCCUAUGUAUCUAUCUAUCUAAAAGAAUCCAGGAAUCUAUCUAUCUAUCUAUCUAUCUAUCUAUUGCAUUUAUCUAUUAGAUUCAUCAAAUCUAACUGA